GUUUCUCAUGCUCACUAUAUAAUGGAUUAAAGUCGAAGCUUUCCCUCAUUUUCUUCUCUCUUUUCAGAAUUUUCAUUUCCCUUUCAUCCGAAAUAGUAAUAAUAAUUUUAUUUUUAUUUUUUUCUUCGACAUUCAGAUCUAAAACUCUCGUUCAUACAAUCAAAAAAAGAGAAGUUGAAAAAAUGGCGACAGUGUCUCCUCUGACGAAAUACAAGCUGGUAUUUUUUGGCGAGCAAUCCGUCGGCAAAACCAGCAUUAUCACCCGUUUCAUGUACGAUAAAUUCGACACCACUUAUCAGGCCACAAUAGGAAUUGAUUUUUUGUCAAAAACUUUGUAUCUUGAAGAUCGGACGGUUCGAUUGCAGCUUUGGGAUACUGCAGGGCAGGAGAGAUUUAGGAGUCUUACUCCAAGUUAUAUCAGAGAUUCUUCUGCUGCAGUAAUUGCUUAUGAUGUAGCUUGUGAGUAUCAGCCAACCUAA